AUGCCUGGUGGCACGAUUAUGAACCUAGAGAGGUGGUUUGGGAAACCUGGCAGUAUCCCAGCCCUCGUGCUUCCUUCUGGUGGUAUGGCAGUUAGGCACCAAAAGGGUGCUAAGCUGAACGAUGAUAUGAACGUUGCAACCAGUGCUCACGUUGAUAUUCCUAUGGACAAAAAUCGCUUAGCUGCAGUACCCUCUCGGUGCCUAACUACCAUGCCACCAAAGGGAAGCACGAGGGCUGGGAUACCACCAGGUUGCCCAAGCCUAGACAGGGGACGUCGAAAAGCAGAGGUCAGGUUCGAACCACGAACAUUUCCGCCAGAAAUCUCGGGAGCCGAAAUGCUCCCGGGACGUUCGCUCACAGACAAUGAGUAUGUAAACGAUAAUGCUCCCUUGGUUCAGAUCCUCCCCGAAUGCAGACGAUCUUAA